AUGUCUCUUCCCAAGGACUUCCUCUGGGGCUUCGCCACUGCUGCCCUUCCCCUCCCUUUCUCCUCACCUUUAUCCCCAUCGGGACAUCUCGUCCUGCGGAUGAACAUCAUCCUGUCCCCUCCAUGCCUUGAUCCACCCACUGCAUCCUGUAAACUUCUGGCCCCACCUAUUCCAAACUCGUGCUCAUGGGAAUUACCAACCAUCCCCCCGCGCUCGGCUCAUUUGCUUCCGGAGACACGUCGUUGGUUGGCCAAGGGAGAAGGGGAAACAAAUGAUCCUGGCGGGCGGCCCUCGCCCAGUCGGUUGCCGGUCUUGGAAACGAAUGCUAACAGUUUCUGCAGCUACCAGGUCGAGGGCUCCCCCGAGAAGGAUGGCCGUGGACCGACCAUCUGGGAUGAGUUCUGCAAGAUUCCGGGCAAGAUUGCGGAUGGCUCUUCCGGUGCCGUAGCCUGCGACUCCUACAACCGUACUGCCGAGGACAUCUCCCUCAUCAAAUCUCUCGGCGCCAACUGCUACCGCUUCUCUCUGGCGUGGUCCCGUAUCAUCCCCCUAGGCGGCCGCAACGACCCCAUCAACCAGGCCGGUAUCGACCACUACGUCAAGUUCGUCGAUGACCUGCUCGAGGCUGGCAUCACCCCUUUCAUUACCCUGCUUCACUGGGACGUUCCCGAUGCCCUUGACAAGCGAUACGGCGGUCUUCUCAACCGCGAGGAGUUCCCUCUGGACUUUGAGAACUACGCCCGUGUGGUCUACAAGGCCAUCCCCAAGUGCAAGAACUGGAUCACCUUCAACGAGCCCUGGUGCUCGUCCAUUCUCGGCUACAGCGUCGGUGCCUUCGCCCCCGGCCGCACCUCGAACCGCGACAAGUCGCCCGUCGGCGACAGCUCCCGCGAGCCGUGGAUUGUCGGCCAUAACCUCCUCGUCGCCCACGGCCGCGCCGUCAAGGUCUACCGCGAGGAGUUCAAGCCUACCCAGGGUGGCCAGAUCGGCAUCACCCUCAACGGCGACGCCACCUACCCCUGGGACCCCGAGGACCCCGCCGACGUUGAGGCCGCGAACCGCAAGAUCGAGUUUGCCAUCUCCUGGUUUGCGGACCCCGUCUACUUCGGCAAGUACCCCGACUCCAUGCGCAAGCAGCUCGGCGACCGCCUGCCCGAGUUCACCGAGGAGGAGCGCGCCCUGGUCCAGGGCUCCAACGACUUCUACGGCAUGAACCACUACACCGCCAACUACGUCCGCCACAAGACCGGCACCCCGCCUCCCGAGGACUACCUCGGUAACCUCGAGACCCUCUUCUGGUCCAAGAGCGGCGAGUGCAUCGGCCCCGAGACCGAGUCGCCCUGGCUGCGUCCCAACCCCCAGGGUUUCCGCAACCUCAUCAACUGGCUCUCCAAGCGCUACAACUACCCCCCCAUCUACGUUACCGAGAACGGCACCUCCAUCUUGAAGGAAAACGACAAGCCCGUCGAGGAGAUUCUCGAAGACACCCUGCGUGUUGAGUACUUCGACACCUACGUCAAGGCCUUGGCCAAGGCCGUCUCCGAGGACGGCUGCAACGUAAAGGGCUACAUGGCCUGGUCGCUCCUCGACAACUUCGAGUGGGCUGAGGGCUACGUCACCCGCUUUGGUGUCACCUACGUCGACUAUGAGAAGGACCAGAAGCGCUUCCCCAAGAAGAGCGCCCAGAGCCUCAAGCCUCUCUUCGACAGCCUUAUCAAGAAGGACUGA